CGUAGCCAUUUAGCUCAAGCUAGGGUGAAUACCGUAUACAUGCAGAAUGUCACAACCUUGAUUCGUCCCGAAGCCGAUGGUCUUGUCUGUAACAGCGCAAUGCGCAGAUGCAUUAGCCGAUUGUCGGUCGAAGAUGUUUCAGGGUAAUCUCCAGGAGGCCAAGGACGUUUGGCUUGCAACUGUGCAGCUUGCCCGUGACUUGCGCGACACAGCAGCCCAAGUUCAAGCAUUGCGAGGCUUGGGCGUUUUAUACGUGAACCUGAAUUGCAUUCACGACGCUUUGGCCUGCUACGAUGAAGCGAAAAUCUUGGCAGAAGAGUUGGGUGAUAUCGUGGAACAUUGUACGAUACUGCAUAAUCAAGGCUUUGCCCUGACUAAACUUGGGCGUUUGGAGCUGGCGAGUGUGAGCUUUUCGGAUGCUAUUGCAGUUGCUGCUUCACUCAAGGAUCGGCCUGGGUUAACAGAGCGAGAGGCAAGGCAGUGCGCCGCGGUCAGACUGCAGAGCAUGGCAAGAUGCGGCGCCGUUGAGUGCGCCCUGGGGAACAGCAAGCAGGGCUUCGUGCAUCUGGAAAUGGCUUACACAGAAGUGGAAUCGUGCAUUGAUGUCGAUUGGCUUCGCUCUGCCCGCUUAGUGACCCUCACCCAAGUCGGCAGAUGUUUGUGCGGACUCCCUUUGGUGGAUGUAAGUGCUGAUUUCGCUUAUGAGCCGAUUGACCUGCGAAAGGGCUUGGGAAUUCUAUUGGAAGUUGACGAAUCUUUGCAGCAAGCGCGCUGCUCAGGUGGACAAGUUAUGUACACCAAGUCGCAGCAUGAAGAUGUCCUUCGUAUGAUUGGAUUAGUCUAUGAACGAUUGGACGAGCUGGGUCAUGCAAUUUCGUUCCUAAAGCAAGCCGAUGCAUCAUCGUGGAAGCGGUUGAUGCAUCUGCUUGAAGAUUCCACAAGCUUGUCGUUCCGUGACGACCCUUUGGCGGUCAGCAUUGGCGUGAGUCUCCAGAAAUGUCUGCUUCGCUCAGGAGAGGCGGAGGAGGCUCUGUCCAUCGCUGAAUCUCGCAGGGCUCGAUCAUUGUUAGCGUUGAUGGGCUUUGGCCGGACAGGAGGGUGCACAACAGCAUUCUCUUUUGAUGAGAUGCGUGGUGAGGCAAUUGCACAUGCUGCUGCAAUUGUCUACUUCUCAGUUCUUGGUGAUCAGGAAAUUUGCACAUGGGUCAUCAGCAGCCAGGGCUCAUUUGUUGGAGUUGUGCGUACAAAUGUUGCGAAGGAGUUGGGUGAAGAUGAUUUGACGCUAGCCUCGAUGGCUGCCACUGUUCGUGGUGAGUCUGGUGUAUGUGGCCGGGGGGAGUUCCCUAUCGACGAGCGCCCCUCAUCAACAUGGCACGAAGUGCAUCAGAGUGGUGUGGGUGAUUCUGAAGCUUAUCGUGGAUGGCAGCUAAGUUACCUUCGUCGCAAGCGCAACCAAGAGCGCCUCAGGUCUUGUUAUCGUGCUUUGUUUCAGCCCGUUGAAAAUCUUCUCCAGGGUGAGCAGCACCUUAUAUUGGUGCUUGAUCAGCACUUGUGGAUGGUACCGUUUCCAGCACUGCAGGAUUCCAACGGCACGUUUCUUAUAGAGAAGUUUUCAAUUCGGGUGGCUCCAUCUCUGCAGGUACUCAAGUGUCUGGCCACCCGAAGGAUCCUCGCAAAACGGCCUGGAGAAUCCGAGGGGACAGAGACUGCCCUGGUUGUCGGCGUGUCCUCAUUCAAUGGUCACCCACACUUGAAGCUUGAAACUCUUGGUGCUGUUCCAGAUGAGUGUUUGGCGGUUGGCGAUGCCUGCGCCUCAGCAGGAAUUCAAGUUCAGAUGCUCCGAAACAGAGAUGCGACCGUUAAUCGUGUUAUGUCUUUGUUGCCUCAAGCGACACGCUUAGUCCAUGUAUGCACACACGGGUUGCUGGAUCAAGUUGCUUUAGUUUUCCAUGGUGAUCCCGAGUCCGAAAUUUUAGAAGCAUCGCAGUUGUAUGACCGAACCGUUUCUGCCCGGCUAGUCGUUCUGUCAGCAUGUAACACAAGCCGUGGGCAGAUUGGUUCUGACGGGGUUGUGGGUUUGACACGGCCGUUUCUUGUUGCAGGAUCUGAUUUGGUCCUUGGGACGUUGUGGCGCGUCCCUGAUGAAUCGACAUGUGCGUUUAUGAAACAGUUCUACCACAAUUUGCUCAGCCUUCAGUAACCUGAGCAUGUUGCUGCACAGAUGGCUAUGUGCACAAUGAUACGUGACUCUGAGGACGGGGCGGCAAAAUGGACUCCAAUACAGUGGGCCCCAUUCGUGCUCAUCGGAUUGGUGUCGCAGCCUCUGAAUCACUAGAUUAUUUUGGUUUGCUCGCGGGGUGAAUAUUGUUUUUGCUCUGGCAAGUGCGUGCGGUAGUGCAAGCACGUCUGGAGAUGUACGCAUAUGGCGCGUGCUUGAAUUGUGAUUCUGCAGUGUGCUUCUACGCUUACAUGCGCACGCGCGUAGUAAAACAA